UCUCCGCGUCAGAAGCGCCACCAAAACCCUCCCCAAUUCAGUGAAACGUCGCGUCAGGGAUUACCCAAAGCAGCAGCCGCCGGACAGCCAUGGCCGCCGCCGCUGACGACGCCGCUGCCGCGGACCCGAUGGCGCUGGUGCGGGGUUUGUACGACGCGGACGAGCUCGCCAUCGCCGGGGAGUUCCUCACCACCUGGCUGCCGUUCCUCUCCGCCGGCCUCUGCCCGCCUUGCGUCGCCUCGCUCCGCGGCCGCGUCGCCUCCCUACUGCCGCGAGAGGACGAACCGCCGGGGCCUUCGCCGCCGCCGCCGCCGCGGGUGGAUCGUGUGGAGCCAUCGGGGUGGGACUCGGAUCCGGCUCCCCCGCAGCAUCUGCCGUUCGAGGCCACCGGGUGGGACUCGGAUCCGGCGCCGCCUCCCCAGCAGCAGCCGGCGCCGGCGGAGAAGCCGCGGAUGUCUUGGGCGGACAUGGCGCAGGAGGACGAGCUCGCCGCGGCGGCGGAGGAGGACGCGGCUGCCAUGGCCGCCGACGACCGGGAGGAGGAGGAGGCGGGGAGGCCGAGGGCGCAUCUCACGAGGGAGCAGCGGGAGCAGCGGCGGUUCCGGAACGUGGUGCCGAGGAAGGAUUUCAUGUGCUACGAGAGGGUCAAGGGCCGGCUCGUCAACAUCCUUGCAGGCCUGGAGCUCCAUGCCGGCGUGUUCAGCGCUGCCGAGCAGCGGCGCAUCGUCGACUGCGUGUACGGCCUGCAGGAGCAGGGCAAGCGUGGGGAGCUUGGAGAUCGUACAUAUACAGAACCCGAGAAGUGGAUGCGUGGUAAAGGGCGGGUAACAAUCCAAUUUGGCUGCUGUUAUAAUUAUGCUACGGACAAGAAUGGAAAUCCACCUGGCAUCAUUCGAACUUUUGCUUCUGAUCCGAUCCCUGACCUAUUCAAGGUCAUGAUCAAGAGAUUGGUAAGGUGGUGCAUCCUGCCUCCGGAUUGUGUGCCAGACAGCUGUAUCGUCAACAUAUAUGAUCCUGGAGAUUGCAUCCCGCCACAUAUAGACAGCCAUGAUUUUGUUCGACCAUUUUGCACUGUUUCAUUCCUUAGUGAAUGCAACAUACUUUUUGGGUCUACUCUGAAAAUUGCUGGUCCAGGAGAAUUCACGGGCUCAUUCGCAAUUCCUCUGCCUGCCGGGUCUGUACUUGUCAUUAAUGGCAAUGGUGCUGAUGUUGCAAAGCAUUGCGUUCCAGCAGUUCCAGCCAAAAGGAUAUCCAUUACCUUCAGGAAAAUGGAUCCAGCAAAACGUCCAUUUGGUUUCAAGGAUGAUCCGGAGCUGCUUAACAUUACUCCUAUGGAAGCAGCUUCAGAAGAAACUAGCAGGUCCUCAGAUGAAGGCAAGGGGAAGCAGCUUGAUGUGCAAAAUAAGAACCUGGGCAGCAAAACAUCCAGAAGCAAGAGAUCUAAAGCAAGAGCAUCUGCUGGGAAGGCUGGAUUGGGGGGCAUUCUUGGAGACCAACCUUCACAGCAUCCACAGGCCCCUAUCAGCAGUCCAAAUUCCGAGAGAGAAAAAGAGUCUGUUGGGAGGUCAAGAGAGCCAAGAUAUCCGCGUGGUGAACCUGGGGUGCUACCUCAUAUGGGUGAUGUCAGAGAGCGGCUGAAUAUGUUGCCUCAGGAGAGGAAGCCUGGCAGCGGCGUGUACUUCGUCAACAAUGGCGCACAAUCUCAGGAAAGGAGGCAACGGAUGGAGCACAGACAGUUGCUGAUGAUCAACCGCACGAUCAACGACGACAUGGACUCCCUUUCAGUCGGGAGCUAUGAAUCUUCCGACCAGCCUCGUGUGAGCGUACGGACAGUGUCUAACAAACCAAGGACCAGGGUGUACCUGGACGGGUAGCCAUACCACCCCCGCUUGGGCAUAUGGCGAUUUGUGUUGUCAAAGCCCGUGAUCUUGCUGUUCGAAAGGUUGAUGAUAUACCUGGAAAGGAUACUUCUGAGCUGUACAUUUCAGGAUCCAAAUUUAUUGAUAGAUAGUUAGGUGCCUUGUUUGUAGAUACAAGAAUAUUUUUCUGGAAUGGUGUAAUUGUGACUUGAUGUGGAUGCUGGAAUUGGUGAUUGAUGAAUGAUGACUGAAUAAUUUCAAUUCGGUUGGGUGGCGGCAAGAUAAUAGGAGUAGUAGAUGUACUAAAA